GGAGGGAUGGGGACUUACUCCCUCCUCCCUCUGCUCCUGGAGCCUUUGAUGCUGGCCACAGUAGCGUAGAAGGAACAAACACUUGGGAGAGGCCCCACCCCAGACCUGAGCUGUGCAUCUUCGAAACCUGCCACUCCCUCCGGCCCAUGGCACCCGCCGACUUCCUUAUCCUCGCUGCCGGGCCAGGGCCUCUGUGCCCCUUGGCAGCCUCCCAGGCCUGCUGACAGCCACGUGCUGGGACCUCUUGGCCCAGAGGGAGGCUAGGCAGAGGCGGCCAGGCCUGGAUGAGUGGUUAAGGCUGGAGAUGGGGCCGUGGGACUGCCCUCCCACAGACAGGUAGUGCUCCGGCCCUGGCUUCCCCUCAUUUGCUUCUGAGAGAGGUCAGGCUGUGUGACUUCAGGUCGAGUCAUGAAUUCCUUCCGUCACUGAGCCCUGGAAGCCAAGGCCAGCCGCCUCCCUGAGCAGGGCAUUUGCUGCCGCCGAGCUGGCCGGGCACCAUCAGAGCGAGAAACCUCCGGCCCACACACCGCAGGAUGAAGCUGCUUGCCAGGGUUCUCCGCCUCCAGCUGCCCGGCAGGCUGGCGGCCUCCGGGAGGCUUGGGGCCGGCCAGGAGCCGUCGGGGCCUGCGGGAAGAUACUGGGCCUCCGUCCGGGCUGUCAGGACCAGCCCCAAGCUCUCUCUUGCCGGACCUCACAUCAUUGCCACGGGAAGGAUCAUGCGGCCAGAUGACGCUAACGUGGCGGGCAACGUCCACGGCGGAACCAUCCUGAAGAUGAUCGAGGAGGCCGGGGCCAUCAUCAGCACCCGGCACUGCAACAGCCAGAACGGGGAGCGCUGUGUGGCCGCCCUGGCCCGGGUCGAGCGCACCGACUUCUUGUCGCCCAUGUGCAUUGGCGAGGUGGCUCACGUCAGCGCAGAGAUCACCUACACCUCCAAACACUCUGUGGAAGUCCAGGUCAACGUGAUGUCCGAAAACAUCCUCACAGGUGCCAAAAAGCUGACCAACAAGGCUACCCUGUGGUACGUGCCCCUGUCACUGAAGAACGUGGACAAGGUCCUCGAGGUGCCUCCUGUUGUGUACACCCGGCAGGAGCAGGAGGAGGAGGGCCGGAAGCGGUAUGAAGCCCAGAAACUGGAGCGCAUGGAGACCAAGUGGAGAAACGGGGACAUCGUGCAGCCCGUCCUGAACCCAGAGCCCAACACCGUGAGCUACAGCCAGUCGAGCCUGAUCCACCUGGUGGGGCCCUCGGACUGCACCCUGCAUGGCUUUGUGCACGGAGGUGUCACCAUGAAGCUCAUGGACGAGGUGGCUGGGAUUGUGGCCGCACGCCACUGCAAGACCAACAUAGUCACGGCUUCUGUGGAUGCCAUUAAUUUUCACGAUAAGAUCCGAAAAGGCUGUGUCAUCACCAUCUCUGGCCGCAUGACCUUCACGAGCAACAAGUCCAUGGAGAUCGAGGUGCUGGUGGAUGCCGACCCAGUGGUGGACAACUCGCAAAAGCGCUACCGAGCUGCCAGCGCCUUCUUCACCUACGUGUCGCUGAGCCAGGAGGGCAAACCGCUGCCUGUGCCACAGCUGGUGCCCGAGACCGAGGAUGAGAAGAAGCGCUUCGAGGAAGGCAAAGGGCGAUACCUGCAGAUGAAGGCAAAGCGGCAGGGCCAGGUGGAGCCUCAGCCCUAGACGCCCUCUUCGUGCCGCCGGGCCUGAGCUGCUGCGGUGACAGCCCCGUGUCCUGUCACUUAGUCACCCCCUGGCCAAACCCCACUGCCCACUGCGAGCUGGUAUUGUGUGAAGUACCCGUGUGACGGUGUUAGCCUGCACCCUGUCCUGAACACCUGUGCACCAAAGCUUUAUUUAUGCCCUUCCAGUAUAAGUGCUACACAGUAUUGUCCCAACGCCAGUGGCGCCCUGGGGCCCCCGUGUAAGGUAUGUCACGAAUCCAGCACCACUAAUAAAGCUGCUGUUCGGCUGGACC